GGUGGUGGAGACGGACGCGAGCGCGAGGGAGGAGAAACCGAAAGCGAGCGAGCGCAAAAAAGCCGGAAAAAACCAAGAAGACCUGGGGCGCAAAGGGAGCCCAGAGCAGGGGGAUGGAAGAAAAUAAACUACUGGCCAAACCCUAGCCGAGCCCCGGGUCCGCUCACCGCCUUCCCACCCACCCACCUGCCCCCCCCCCCCCCCCCCCCCCGCCCUCGCCGUCCGCGAUGCGCCGGGCGAAGCCGCCGCAGCCGCAGCCGUCGCCGUCGCCGGAGAUCCGGUACCGCGGCGUGCGGAGGCGGCCGUCGGGGCGCUACGCCGCCGAGAUCCGGGACCCGGCCAAGAAGACCCCGAUCUGGCUCGGCACCUUCGACUCCGCCGAGGCCGCCGCGCGCGCCUACGACGCCGCCGCCCGAUCCCUCCGCGGGCCCACCGCCCGCACCAACUUCCCCAGCGCCGCGGCCCCCGCGCCGCGGCACAGCAGGCCCCCCGCCCCCUCCGCCGCCGCGCAGGCGGCUGCCGCGGCGGCAGCGGCCACGUCCAGCCACAGCAGCACCAUAGAGUCGUGGAGCGACGGCGCGACCCGCGCCGCGCUGGCGCGUAGCGCUGCCUCCGUCCUGGCGCGCAGCGCCGCUCCGACGGAGGAAGACGAGGACUGCCGCAGCUACUGCGGAUCCUCGUCGUCCGUCCUCUGCGAAGACACUGGGGGCGACGAUGCGGCCGCCUCCCGCGCGCCCCUGCCGUUCGAUCUGAACCUGCCGCCGCCUCAUGACGCGGCCACCGAGACCGAUCAGAUGGGUGCCCGCUACGACACGUUGCUUCGCCUCUAGCUCACGAGAACGACGGGAUCCCGUCCGAACCAGAAAUCAGAGGAAGGAUCGGGACCAAGCACUGCUCUCUGCUUCAACGGUGUCCUCCUUUGGCUGCUGAUCCGGUGGUGUUCUCUCGCUAGAUGGAUAAUUCUUGCCUUUUCCCUUCUUUUUCUUUCUUUUUUCUUCUUUCUUACCACGAUGAUGAAGAAGAUGAUGAUUUGAUAUGUGAAUAAUUCUGUCAUGUCCAUGUAAGCUGUGAGGAAGGAAAUCUGAGCUUUUUCUUAUCUUUCUCUGGUAUUUUGAGUGAUAUUGCUACUGUUGUUUCAUUAGUUGGAAAGAAUAUGGAAGAAAUCUAGAAAAAAAUAUUUAUAGAGACCAUUUGUUGCUA